CGGAAAUUCAAGUUGGUUGCUAUGGCAUCCAUCUGGUUCAAGUGGUUCAAAUGGUUCAAAUGGUUGUGGACGGAAUAGAAGAAGCUUUCGCUUAACAGGCUUCCGUAUCUAGUAGCAGAGGAUCACCAAAUCCUCCAGGCAGGAACCUAGUAACAAAACAUUAGAACUGACCAGUUCUUUUUGUCAUUAAAAGAGAAAAAUGAUAAAGAGAGUAUUUAAAACCAUACUUUUAUAUGUAUUGAAAAUAACUUCAUAAAUCAUGAAUCAAAGUUUGUUAGAGAAAUUUGUACAUAACUAUGAGUUAAAAUUAAAAGAAGUGUAUAGAAACUGUGAUACAUAUCGCCUUACUGAGUAUAAUGCAGCAGUCAAAAUCCAAGCAUGGUUUCGUGGUAUUCGAAUACGGUGCUACUUAAAACUUCUCGAAAAAUGUACAAUCAUCAUUCAAAAAACUUGGAGAGGCUAUAUAGGCCGUAAACAAUAUCGGCUUAUAUUAUCUAAAACUGUUAUAGAAUAUCGACGAAAUAAAUUUAGUAAGGCUGCAGCAAAAAUUCAAAGUGCGUGGAAAGGUUAUUUAACCCGUAAAUAUAUAUUCAACUUUUAUUCACGUAAAGUUUAUCUAUCUGCACUAGUUGAUGUAGGAGAAUUUGUCAAAAAUCAAUUGUCUGAAUAUGAAAAAGAAAUGAAAUAUGUGGAACGUAAAGAAAAGCAAGAAAAAGAACGAGACAGAAUAAUUAAUUGGGCGAAAUCACAUCAUUUUCUGGUUUCAACAUGUUGUCAACCAGGAAUAUAUCAAAAUCCAAUGGAUAAAACAAUAAAUGACAAAGAGAAGCUUCUAUUAUCAGUAGUUCGUCAAGAAUUAAUUAAAACUAACAAUAAACAAAAAAAGAAAUUAUCAACAGAACAAACAUUAUAUCAAAUAAAUUCAAUGAAUAAAGAAUUGCCAAAAAUCAAAGGUCCAUUUAAAAAUCCAGAAGAAGUGAAAAAAUGGAUAAAUAAACCAAUAAAUUUAUCAUUACGUGUAUCAACAGAUUAUUUUUCAUUAGAAAAAUCUCAACAAAUUUGGAAAUCUAAAGAAUGGAGUAAUAGAUUACAUGAUAAUAAUUUCUACACUGGUCAUCCACCAUCAACACCAUAUGAACGUUCAUUAUGGACAACAUCUGUGUACGGUUCAAUACCAUAUGGUACAAAACAUUUUCGUGCGUCAGAAGAUGAAAAUAAUUCAGCAAUACAUAAACAACCAAAAUUUCGUAAUAUAUUACCACCGAUUCCAUUAUUUGACAAAUUUAAUAGAGAGUAUAUACCAGGUUAUGCAACAGGAUGAUUGUAUAAAAGUAUGUGUAACAGUAGUCUUGAUAUGAACUAAUCGAUUGAAGUUUCUUUUAAAAAAAUAAUAAAAUGAUUGAAAUUCUA